UGAUUAUUUUCAGAUCUUUGCACGCUGUGAAAAUGUAAUGUAAUAAAAUUAAAUUUAAAUAAAAUAUUUAUGUGGAAUGUUAUUCAAAUACAUAAAAUUGGAAAGGAAAGAAUAUUCUAACGGAUAAAUUUUUUUAUUUGAACUCAAAAUACACAGAUAGUCAUACUGUGAGCGACGUAAUCAGUUUUAGAUUCCUUACAUUAUAAUCUCUUACGGCGGUUGAAAAGGAACCCAACUCCAUUUUUUCUUUAAUAUUCUGAAAACAAAUUACACAUCAAAAUGUCAACAGUCGAUAAAGAGGAAUUAGUUCAGAAGGCAAAACUUGCCGAACAAUCAGAAAGGUAUGAUGACAUGGCUCAGGCUAUGAAAUCAGUCACAGAAACUGGUGUAGAACUAUCAAAUGAAGAAAGAAAUCUGCUUUCAGUUGCUUACAAAAAUGUUGUCGGUGCCCGCAGAUCAUCAUGGAGAGUAAUUUCAUCCAUUGAACAAAAAACCGAAGCCUCCGCCAGAAAACAACAGCUCGCCCGCGAGUACAGAGAACGCGUGGAGAAGGAGCUUAGGGAAAUUUGUUAUGAAGUGUUGGGUCUUCUCGACAAAUACCUUAUUCCAAAAGCCAGCAAUCCAGAGAGCAAGGUUUUCUACCUGAAAAUGAAAGGAGAUUAUUACAGGUAUUUAGCUGAGGUGGCCACAGGAGACGCACGCAAUACUGUUGUAGACGACUCUCAAACAGCUUACCAGGAUGCAUUUGAAAUUAGCAAGGGUAAAAUGCAACCAACACAUCCAAUCAGAUUGGGUCUUGCACUUAAUUUCUCUGUCUUCUAUUAUGAGAUUUUGAACUCACCAGACAAGGCCUGUCAGUUGGCCAAACAGGCUUUCGAUGAUGCGAUAGCUGAGCUGGAUACACUCAAUGAGGACUCCUAUAAAGACUCAACACUUAUUAUGCAAUUGUUGAGAGAUAACCUUACACUCUGGACGUCCGACACGCAAGGGGACGGAGAUGAACCACAGGAGGGUGGUGAUAACUAACCAAACUAAACUGUUUCCUUUUGACUAUGCAAAUAUUAAUUAAACAUCAAAAUUUAACAAAUCAAUAUAAAAACAAAAUUUAAAGCAGAACAGAAGCAAAAUAUAUAUUCUUAACUACGAGAAGAAGAAAAUACAGAGAAGAAACAAAGAAUUGCUUUUAAAAUAUAUUUAAAUUUCAGUACUGUAAAAUUUCCAAAAGGAAAAAAUAUUUAAGUUUGUUUUUUUUUUGUUUUUUCUUAUUUAUUUAAAAGAGAAAAAUAUGUUAAUUGUGCCAAGAGCAAAAUCAAAGCUAAAAAUAUGUGUGUGUGUUACUAAAAUCAAAAAGCAAGAAAAUAUUUAUCUAUUCAAAAUGAAAUUUUUUUUAUAACUUGAAAUCUUGAGUGUUUACACUAUGUGACUUAUAUUAAUUUAUAAUGUAAGACACAUUUUGGAGACUAUCAAAAGUUUAAAACGCUGCUAGAGAGAUGAGAUUAUGCUUUGCUUGUUUUAGAUUUUUUAAAUAAUGGCACACAAUUUGUUUUUUCCUUUUGGAAAUUGUAUAAAAUUUUGUUUGUAAAUUUUUUUCGAACUAUUCUUUUAAGAAUAAUCAUAUAUUUGAGUAAAGGCAGGAAAGUUAAUAAUUCUUUGUUUGCAAAUUCAAUAAAAAUUUAAAAUUAUUUUUUGUUAGGCAAAAACAUUAUAUUAUUUAUUAUUUUUUUAAUAAAUAAUUUAAUUUUGUUUUUUUUUUACAUUAACCAAGUCAAUUUUUUUUCUUUAUUCAUAAAAAGUGUGUUUUUUUUUCAUCAUUUAAGUUGUUGUAUAAUUAAAAAUUACCAUCUACCAGUUAUGUUUGGCUUUGUGGACGCAUGCCAUUAAGAGAAAAUGAUGGAUUCGAUUCAAUAUAAAAAUUGGUAAAUUCAAAAAAAAAAA